UUUGUGAUUCAUCCCAACGAGACCUUGGCACUCAAGACUCUUGACUCUUGAUCGAUUCUAAAUCGCACACCUUUCAUGUACGCUUGCGCGCAUUCGUGAUUGAGCCUCCAAUCAUCACAUUCAAGAUUGCUGAAGCGCAAGUCAAAAGCUGUCGAGUAGCCGAGAAGAGAUCGAGAGAGUCUGGGUAGCGAGAUCGAAGAGCGCUUGGACGGGGUCAUCAUUGUGAUCAUCUCGGCUUUGCAAGCAAACUUGGAUCAUCGGCCGACCGGUAACCUUCGGUGAAGAGCUCGGACGGAUCCUGUUCUGGGUCAAAGCGGAUCGAUCACUAGGUCCGCAUUAUCAGAGUCUCGCCUUCGCGGACGACCUCUUCUGCAGGUCAAGGUACUUCAUCCCCACCCACUGAAAGGCAUAUCGGCUACCCAAGUAUCAUGUCCGGUAUUCAAGAUGAUCUUCUGAACGGAUCCGGCAACGGUACAUCCACACGAAACGGAGCAAAAGGGAAUGGGCACCGCAACGGCCACGGUAAUGGUAACGGCAACGCGAACAGGCCCGAAACGCCGCUUGCGCGCUUGCAAGAGUCGCAUCGCGCCAUCAUUUCGCGCCUGCCAAAUGAAUUGUGCCAGCCUACCUGGGGUAUCAUCUGCGGCUCCGGCUUGGGCGGCUUGGCAGAUCAUCUGGAGGAGCGGGUAGAUGUCCAGUAUGCCGAUAUACCUCACAUGCCGAGAUCAACGGUCCAGGGUCACAAGUCCGCAUUCGCUUUUGGCUUCCUCAGCAAGUCCUCAUCCGCCGCUUUUAGCGCAGAAGAAAAGGCCCAGAAUGGCACUACAAGCAGAAGGAUUCCAGUCGUAGCAGCUCUUGGCAGGUUCCAUCUGUACGAAGGUUACGAUGCUCAAGAUGCCGCCAUGCUGGUGCGUCUCUUCAAGCUACUGGGCGCAUCAUCCGUCGUCGUCACCAACGCAUCGGGCGGAUUGCAUCCUGAUUGGGACGUAGGCACUAUCAUGGCCAUGCAUGAUCACCUCUCGCUACCGACGCUCUCUUCUAUGAACCCUCUCAUUGGCGAAAAUUUCGAGCUGGGGUCUCGCUUCAUUGCCAUGUCGGAUGCAUACGACCCAGCUCUUAGACUAGCUUUGUAUCGCUCCGCAGCGUCUCUCGGAACCGAGACGCUGUCCCUACUCCGCUCGGGCACCUACGCCUACGUCGCUGGACCAACGUACGAGUCGCGCGCUGAAUCUCGUUUCCUGCGAAGUGCAGGUGCGGAUUGCGUGGGGAUGAGCACAGUGCCCGAAGUCAUCUCUGCUAGACACUUGGGAUUGCGCAUCUUGGGCAUCUCGCUCGUCACCAACAAGGUCGUCGUCACGCCUUACUUUGACGCCGAUGCCGCGGUACGCCAGGAGCUCAAAACUGGGAAAACGUUUGAUGCGGAAGCGAUCAGGAAACAAGAUGCAGGAGAGGCGGCAAAUCACGAAGAGGUGCUCGAAGUUGGAAGACGACGCGCUGAUGAUGUCAGGAAAUUAGUCGAGCGAACGAUCCUCACUGCUGACGCUUGAGGUGCGGCUUUGCAACUUGAGUCUACUCAAGAUGGUUGUACCAGCACACUGCUUAGCUAUGGGAAGCAAACCCAGCUUCCUUACCCGCAACUUGCAUAUCCAGCUUGAGAGCUCCCAGUCUGGUCCCACAAAGGAUUUUUAGCUAGACAUGCAUUGAUCAUUGCAAUUCCCAUCAUCCAAAUUCUCUGCUCCUUCGAU